UCAUCUCCCCUGUUAAUGCAAUGGGAAAGGUGAGCAGCAGCCCAGAUUGUUGCGAUUAAAAGGAUUUAAACGUCAACGUUUGAGGACGACUCAGUAAAAAAAGCGAGAAGGAUGGAGAAUGACAGCGACCCCCGGUCUCGCUGCCGAGCCUUUCCUAAGAUGCCCACCCACCCUGAUGUGGACACACCUUUGGAGGAGGAACAAAAUAAAGGGGAUCACCAGCAAAGAAAUGGGGACACCCUCAUCACCAGCAAUGGAAAAUUUGAAGUGGAACAUGUAAUCAGCAAAAAACUACAGCUGAAAAGAAAAGCAGAGUACCUGAAAAGUGACCUGAUGCGUCAGUUUGACAGUCAGGUCAAUGACUUCAUGGACAGUCUCAUCGAGGAGUCGGCCAGCCUGGAGCCAGCACCUGUACCCGCUGUCUUCUCACCUCGACUGUCAGACAAGGAGAGGAGCAAACUAAGGCAUAUCCGGCCCCCUCAUGGCCAGGGGAAGCUGUUUGUCAGUCGCAGGUCCCUCUUAGAUGAACUGUUUGAGGUGAACCACAUCCGAACCAUCUACCACAUGUUCAUCGCCCUGCUCAUUCUCUUCAUCCUCAGUACACUGGUGGUAGAUUUCAUUGAUGAAGGCAGACUUGUCUUGGACUUUGACUUGCUGGUCUAUGCAUUUGGACAGUUCCCCCUGGUGGUGUGCACGUGGAUCUGCAUGUUCCUGUCUGUGCUGAUGGUUCCCUACACCCUGUUCCACCUGUGGUCACAGACCCAGUCCGGCUCCUUCAGUCACCCUUGGUUGUACAGUUUGCUGUUUGGCUCUGUAUUCCUGCUCUACCAAGCUCUGUGUCUAGGAUUCCUGCCUACAUAUAUUGCAUUGACCAACAGUUUGCCACCUGCCUCCAGCUUCAUCGUUAUCCUGGAACAGGUGCGUCUAAUGAUGAAAACCCACUCCUUUGUCAGGGAGAACGUACCAAGAGUCCAGAGCUGGGCAAAAGACAAGACCAGCCCCAGCCCAGUGGUCCCUCAGCUGUCUCAGUAUCUCUACUUUCUGUUUGCACCCACACUCAUCUACAGAGACCAGUACCCCAGGAACCCAACGAUCCGGUGGAGCUAUGUGGCUACAAAGUUACUUCAGGUCCUGGGCAGUCUGUUUUAUGCCUAUUACGUGUUUGUGCGGCUCUGCAUCCCUCAGUUCCGUAGCAUCAGUCUGCAGCUUUUUGACCUGAGGACCAUGGUCCUCUGUGUCUUUAACUCUAUUUUGCCAGGGGUGCUGGUUCUCUUCCUGGGAUUUUUUGCCUUCCUCCACUGUUGGCUGAAUGCUUUUGCUGAGACUCGCUUUGCUGACAGAAUGUUUUAUAAGGAUUGGUGGAAUUCAACCUCUUUUGCCAAUUAUUACCGCACUUGGAAUGUAGUCGUCCAUGACUGGCUGUUCUACUAUGUGUACCGGGACUUCCUGUGGAUUUCUCAGAAGCGUUUCAGACCAGCAGCCAUCCUGUUUGUGUUUACAGUGUCUGCAGUGGUCCAUGAGUACAUUCUUGCAAUCUGCUUUGGAUUCUUCUAUCCCGUGCUUUUCUGCCUCUUUAUGUGUUUUGGAAUGAUGUUUAACUUCAUUCUGCACGACCAGAGGAAGGGUCCCAUCUGGAACAUCAUCAUGUGGACGUCCCUCUUCCUGGGUCACGGAGUCAUUAUCUGUCUGUACUCUCAGGAGUGGUAUGCCCAACGUUACUGUCCCCUGAAGGAGUCUUCGUUCUUUGAGUUACUGAAGCCUCGCUCCUGGAGCUGUCAGAGAAGCCUGAUGGCAAACUCUGACAGGCUGUGAUCUACGUUUGGACUACUGGCUAGGACAAUCACCGAUCAGUAUAAAUUUGACAAGACUUUCAGUUACCUUCAUAACAUCUGGUCUUUCAUUGAUUUAUUUUAUUGUACUGAGGCCAAACUGUUCUUUGUAAAGGCCUUACUUAACUGUUUUUAUGUUUCAAAACCUACUAAAUUACAAGUUCACAUGAAACCUCAUGUGACCUAUUUUAAUGUUUAUAUAUUAUUUAUAUUUCAGAUGUAUUCCCUUUGACUUAAUCCUUUUACAACUUUAAACCUCCUCCUUGUGCCAAUAUGAUAAUUAGAAUCAUGAUUGCAGCUGAAUACAAACAUUAACAAAUGCAGUAACAGUCAAUAUUUAACAAAUGUUGCGAUUACCAGUACUACUCUAAUGUCAAUAAUAUUCAGUAAGUUGUUUAUAAAAAAAACAUUCAAUUUUAGUUCUGUUCACUGGCAAUAAGAUUGAUUUUUAAAAAGUGGUGUAUUAUAUACAUUUGUGAGGAGCUGUGGCUUCUGCAUUAUACUGAAAAGAUCCCAGUCGACAUCUCUCGAGGAAAAUAAGGGUUGUGUAUGACGUGGUGAUAUAGUUGGAAUAUUAUUUAUAGUAAAUCUAAGACUUUGAUAGAGAGUUUUUACAGAUAAUGGUACAUUGGAACCCUUAUAUUUCCCCAGACCCAAAGUUAAUAUUUCUUUGCCUUUUAUUUCCAGAUAUAAGGCCACAUGAAUGUUGGGUCAUUACAAUUAUCCCAUCUGUAUUGUUAAGGAACAGCGCAUUUCAUUAUGCUGGUUGGAGUUAAUGACUGCUGAAUGUAUACUUCAUGAUUUGAUUUUUUUUUUUUCUGGUUGAAAUGCAUGUACCUACAUUGAAUCUGGAUGACGCUUUAAUUUGUUCAUGACCAUUUUCAAUGGUCAUUGUUUAUGUGAAGGUGACUUAAUAAUGUUGUUACUGUUGCAGCUGGCUGCUAAAUGUUGUAACAUUGACAUCAUGAUGAUACUUGAUUAGCAUUAAGGGCUACAGUCUGCACUGUGAGGGUAAAUUGAAUGAGACAGUGUUUGGUUGUUAAUAUCACACAAAAAUUCAACAGAAUGCUCAUGUUGUGUAACUAAUGGGAAAGGAAUAUAAAUGCCCAGUGUGCUUAUAGUCUCAGUGGUCUUAAAAUGUGUUAACACAUUUGCGUAUUAUUGAGGAAAUAGCUAAGCCAAUGCACAGUUAAUAUUGCCAAUUCUGAUACAUUACAAUGCUAGGAGACUGUAUUUAUUUGUGAAUGAUGAGAUGCAAAAUACAAGGUUAAAACCAGCAAUGGAAAACUGCACUUUCCAAACUGUAUGACCACAAGGUGGCACUGUAUUCAAAGGUUUUAGUUCUGAUGCUUCUUCUACUCAGAUCUGCUGCCUGGUCAGGAGAAAAUGCAACUUCCCCUGUGAGUCCCUUCCUUGCAAAUUUUAUAUUGACAAACACAAAUACCAGCAACCUACUUUUUGUUUAUUUCUAUAGAUAAUAAAUAAAUAGUGAAAAAGGCCAGAGGUAGGCUACUUGCUGUGAAAUGACUCUUAAGAAGUCUAUAUUUGGCUGAAGCCUUAAUCUGAGAUGUUGAUAGGAUUAUUAAUACGGAUAGAGAACAAAGCAGCAGACAUGCUGCGCCAUACAGAUGCGAUAUUUAUUUUUUGGAGCAUACUUUUUCCUACUUGGUCAUGGGUGUUCAUUGUGUGUGGUUUUUGUUGUUGUUUUGCCUUGACUAGCUCAGUGUCAAGUGGCAGUUUUACAGAUUUGUAUAUUUUGGGCUGUAGACACAUUUCUGAUAAAUGAUGUAAUGACACAUUAAAAUGUUUAAACUAUGAAGAAUAAAAAUUAAAAAAAGAGUUUGAAGUAUUGGUGCCCUUUUCUUUGUUUUUAUAUAUGUUCUGUAUAAAAUGGUGAAUUAAACAAUUGAAAAAUG